UCACCAAUUGCUCGUGUGUAAUCUUCGCGCUGCACGUCCGCGAUUUCACGCGCGUCUCCGCGGCUAAACAGGUAGUCAGGACUCGCGCUCACGCAUCAAUUCUGCGGUUCAUACAGGACACGACACAGAAAACCAGAGAGACUAACACACAGGAAAGAAACGAGAGACAGACAGACAGCAGCGCUAAGAGAGACGAGACGGGAGCGAUGACGGCGGCGGUGUUUUGCGGGGCUCUGCUGAUGCUGGCCCUGGCCUCAGGCGGGGAUGCUGCGGGGGAAGGAGGAAUCUCCUUUGAGUACCACCGAUACGAGGAGAUGCGGAAAGCGCUGGUGUCCGUUUGGCUCCAGUGCCCCUCCAUCACCCGCAUCUACACGGUGGGCGAGAGUUUCGAGGGCCGAGAGCUGCUCGUGCUGGAGAUGAGCGACAACCCCGGGAUCCACGAGCCUGGUGAGCCGGAGUUUAAGUACAUUGGGAACAUGCACGGUAAUGAGGCCGUGGGCAGAGAGCUGCUCAUCUAUCUGGCUCAAUAUCUCUGUAAUGAGUACCAGGAGGGCAAUGACACCAUCAUCGACCUGAUCCACUCCACACGCAUUCACAUCAUGCCCUCCAUGAAUCCUGAUGGCUUCGAGAAAGCAGCCUCACAGCCUGGUGAGAUGAAGGACUGGUUUGUGGGCCGCAGCAAUGCUCAGGGAAUUGAUCUGAACCGGAACUUUCCAGAUCUUGAUCGCAUCGUCUACAUGAAUGAAAGAGAGGGAGGAGCCAACAACCAUCUCCUGAAAAACAUGAAGAAAGCUGUGGAUGAAAACACCAAGCUGGCACCAGAAACUAAGGCUGUCAUUCACUGGAUUAUGGACAUUCCAUUUGUCCUAUCAGCCAAUUUGCAUGGAGGAGACGUGGUGGCCAAUUACCCAUAUGAUGAGACACGCAGUGGUUCUACUCAUGAAUAUAGUGCUAGUCCAGAUGAUCUGGUGUUUAAGUCUCUGGCUAAAGCCUACUCCAGCUAUAACCCAGUGAUGUCUGACCCAAACCGGCCGCCAUGCCGCAAGAAUGAUGAUGACUCCAGCUUCAAAGAGGGCAUCACUAAUGGAGGAGCCUGGUACAGUGUGCCUGGAGGUAUGCAGGACUUCAACUAUCUGAGCAGCAAUUGUUUUGAGAUCACUCUGGAGCUGAGCUGUGACAAGUUUCCUUCUGAGGACACACUCAAGCAGUACUGGGACCAGAACCGCAACUCACUGGUCAGCUACAUAGAGCAGGUUCACAGAGGAGUGGCGGGAUUUGUUCGUGAUCUCCAAGGGAACCCCAUCUCAAACGCUUCUAUUUCUGUUGAAGGAAUUGACCACGAUAUGACCACAGCUAAGGAUGGCGAUUACUGGCGCUUGUUGGCUCCUGGUAACUACAAAGUGUCAGCAUCUGCUCCUGGGUACCUCACUGUGGUCAAGAAAGUAGCUGUUCCCCACAGCCCUGCUACACGGCUGGAUUUUGAGCUGGAGUCGCUGGAAGAGAGGAAGGAGGAAGAGAAGGAGGAGCUGAUGGAUUGGUGGAAGAUGAUGUCAGAGACACUCAACUUCUAACUUUCCUGAGGCAGACGCCAUCACAAGCAUUAUGGGUGUAAUAUAUUUAUUGUUGUCGUAUGUGUGUGCUCAUCAACUUAAAAUAACAUACUUCAGUUUUUUUGGUUUGUUUUGAUUGUUUUACGUUAGAGGCACUGCAUUUGAACAUAUUUACAACAGCCAUAGGCGCAUAAGCCAUUCAUACAUGUUAACAAAGACAACCAGUGUUAAAGCUGGUCUAAGUAUUUGCAGAUAUGGUUUUCCUUGUAAAUAUGGAUGCAGACAUGUAUUGCCACUAAAUGAAAUGCUAUGUAGGUUUGGUAAAGUGCCCCUAAUGUAAAGUUGAUCCUAUUGCACUGUUUUUGCGAUUUCGAUCAACCUGGUUAGUGUUAUUUUAGAGCAUUGUGUAUCAUCUGCCUGUUUCCUGCAGGCAUGCAAAGGUUAUUACAUAUACUGACAGAAAAGAAUCACGCAUAACACAGAAAGUCGAUAUUGUGGAGGCUGAUCUAUUACUCUUUUGUAAUGUUGUGUUUUACAUUGAUAUUGUGAGAUUAUUUUGUAGCUAUGGUCACCAAUCACACCAACCAAUUAGAGAGCACUGUGUUGUGAUGAAUGUACAUGUCAGCAAUGAAUAUGACUAUUUAUUCUGAUCGUGACUGAUUAUGACUGAAGCCAAUGUAGACAGCACUCAUUUACACCUAAUCACAAGUCUCUUUCUGUUCAAACACUGUCCUGUGGUUUUAAAUAACAUUAUGCUUGAUGUUUUGAAUGGGAGUGCUUUUGAUAAACCUGUUUCAUUUACAAAUGCUUUAAUAAUUAUAAUGCUGAAUAUCAUAUCCAGAGAAUUGUUCAGAUGAAAAGAAAAUGGAAGAGGUUAUCAACUGAACUCCUACCGUAUGUUAUAAGAACUAUAUAGGAAAUUAAAUAAUUUGAUAGAUGAUAGCUAUAAAUCUGUUUUAUCUAUGUUUGUAAAGCAGAGAGUUUCAUUUCAGAUCAUAUAACAGAUUUUAAUGGCACAAACUAAACAAGCAAGCUUAUUUAGAUCUGAUGGUUUUUUAAUCUAUACCAAAAUGCACAAUUGUGCCCGAUGAAGUACUAUCUGCAGUCUUUAUUAAACAUUCUGUAAUAUAUUGUCUUUUUCUUUUCUUUUUUUGGUCUGUUUAAAUAUAUUUAUAACUAGUGUAUUUCUGUAAUAUGAAAUGGCACAUGUUAAUGCUAAAUCAAUCAACAUUAUGAUAAAGUCUAUAAUCCUACAUACUGAAUUUCUCAUCGAUCCAAAUGUUAACCCUCUGAUUUGGGAAAUUUCAUUCACAUCUAAAUUAAACCCAAGCUUAAACUUUUAAUAUCAAUGUCAUGAAAUGGCAUUUCAAGUCAGCUUAUGUAUUUCUCUUUUGAGACUUAAGUGGUAUGUCUUGUAUAUGAAUGUAAUGAUGGUUUAAUUGAAUGAUCCAAUUUGCAACCAAAAUAAACUUCCCUUUCUGUUGUCA